AUGCUGCGUCAAGUUACCUGUCAGAAGUGGAACGAUAUAGACAGAAGCAGAGACAGUAAACCCAACUCUUCCGGGAAAAGAAGCGCCGCCAGGAAGAGGAGGAGUGUGAUGAACUCGAAAAGCUGCACCGAUCUCAUGAGAGAAAUAUGUCGGAAUAAGGAUGGGAGUAUACUGAAGAACGAACGUGAUGUGACCGAAAGGUGGAGGCAGCACUUCGAUGAACACCUUAAUGGCGUACAGGCAGAGAACCAGGAUAACGAUGGAAGCGAUUACGUUAGUGCAGUAAAUAAUGAAGAUGUACCACCUCCAACGAUAGGCGAAGUUAGGAAUGCUAUUACAGCUGAAGAACAACAAAUCAACUUCGUGGGAAGUUAUCAGACUGCACUCCAUUGGGCCGCGAAGCACGGUAGUGAAGACGUUAUCAAACUAGUGGCUGGAACAUUGAAGGCGGAUGUCAACACACGGACGAAUGGGGGCUACACAGCGCUACACAUCGCGAUGCAAUUUGGGCGCAACGAUAUUUUUGAAUUACUUUGCAAUGUAUACAAAGCAGACCGGGAUCUGUUGGACUGGAGCGGUAAGAAACCACUCGAGUAUCAAAAACAGAUGACAAGUGUGUCGGCGUCCACCUACAGCAGUGAGUAUGAUCCGAUGUUUAUUGUGAACGAACGGUUCCAUUCUCUUCCGUCGAAAAAAAUACUCUCGCCGCUGGCACGAGGCGGCACCUUUAUGCGUAAGAAAAGCCGCCGUCAGCAGCGUCCUUCCACUACGACAGGGGUUGAUCUGCAACGCACCCAUUCAAUGCUUACUAUGAUCACGCCGGAACAUCUAUCGCUUGCCACUAACACUUCCGAGACGAUCGAGACGAUCAAUGCAUACAACAACGACAACAGUAAUGCCACCAAUAAACGUAUAAAUUAUUUGACUCAUCCGGCUGAUGCAAUGAGUCUCGGCGGAAGUGCCGUGAACCUGCGCAGGAGUGACAAAUCCAAUCAGAGCUUUUUUCGACAAAUCAAAGCCAGGAAAAAGCAUACAGAAAAAGACUCGGGAUUCCUGAGGAUUGGCUCACUGAACGUUCGAGUGAAGAAAACGACCGAAGCCUUCAGCAACUUUUUGGGAGUUGGGACCAACACGACGCGUCUGCCAGCGAACAUGAGAACUAGUGCUCCGCCUAAUUCAACUUAUUUCGAAAAAAUACACAAGAGUUGGGGAUCCGCUGACAAUAUACCGCACGAGGAUGGCACGAUGCCACCGCCCAAGUAUGGUUCCAUAAAAAAGCGCCGCCCGAAGCGAGAUACCGACCACAGUCCUGCUAACGAUCAGUUCAGUCAAAGCGUUCCGACGACACCAAGCCAAACGCGAGCACCUAUCGGUAUGAUGUCAGAGAAUCCUGACACAGAGUCAGAAAACCCUGGCGACUCUGACUCGGAUACUGCAUGCGGCUUCGACUCCAAUUGGAGACCAACAUAUAUUUGAUUACACUUUCCCUAUUUCUCCCAAUAUUAGCGGUAGACUGAUAUACUGAAUCUCGCCAUUUAUUUCUAAUAUAAAAUGUAUUGUAGUGUUGAAUGGACAUCUACUAUCCCAACUUCAAUAAAACUCG